UUGCAAACAUCGAUCGAAAAUGAGUUAGGCUUUUACCUUUUGCAUACAUCUUGUUAGUACAAAAAGAAGCCAAAAAAAAAAAGGAAUUCAUGCUUUUGAUACAACCUGGCAUUCACUUAUCCUGCCCCUUUAUCAUUUCUAUGAACAUUGCGAGAACCCUUCUUGAUGAAGUUCAAUUUAAAGGCAGUUCAGACUUUAUUGCUUUACUUUCCACACAACAACAAGAAUUCUCAAUCGAGAGGCUUACUAUUUGCCCUAAAUGCCGUUUGCAGCUGAAGGAACCAAUCACAAUGUUCUGCGGAUUUACUCUAUGUUACUCAUGUUAUCACAGCAGCAACACUAUGGGUACCAAUAAACAACAAUGCUUGUCGUUUACCUGUCUAAGAUCUCACGAAAGAGAGAAACAAGCAUUCAAGCGCAAUAUAUUGUUGAGUCAAAUUUUAGCAGUCUGUAGCAACAACAAUACCGGAAUAGAACAAAAAAGUCUAGAAAUCGUUUGUAACCUUUUAGAGUGCACGAUAUGUCUUUCGACAUUCGUCCAGCCAGUGACACUGCCGUCGUGUGGACAUACUUUUUGUAAAGAUUGCCUAUAUUUAAAUGAGCAUGACUACUGCCCACUAUGUCGACGAAAGUUUCUAUAUCAUCGCAACGGCCAUAAAAUAGAUCAACUACUAUCUUAUUGGGUAGAAUAUAUCUCUCACCAUCAGAAGCCAUUCAAACUACUGAUGGAAGCAAAAAAUACAAAAGCUGUCAUACCUUUCUUUCGAAUCAUAACAAAAGCGAGUGAACACCCCAUGUACAAAAGGGUACUGUCUCCACUAAGGCCACAAUCACGUUGCCUCUUCCAUAUUCACUUAAAUCACCAAAGUACACGAAUACUCUCGACCAUAUUAAAUCAGCCUCUUCGGAAACACUAUGCUUUAGGUGCUUUCCUCUCUCCUGAAAAUGAAAAUAACUUUAAAUACAGUAAAGACGGAUUCCUACUAAAAUUGGAGCAUAUAGACCACUCAGCAGAUGGACGAUAUACCGUCGUUCAGGCUAAAGUCCUACGUGAAGUAUGCAUUCAAAAUCUUACUACUACUACUUUUACCACUCUUGCUGCUGUUCUCUCGGUGCCGUCAAAGAACGAUACAUAACAGAAUGAUUUAUUGUGUACGAGCGAUAUAACUAUUAAGAAGAGUAUCAUAGAAACAAAAGCAAGCAAACGGAAUAUACUCGAAUUAUAUCUAAUAUUGAAAAUGAUCUCCUUCUAUCUAAAAUGUUUGCUCACUUUACUAUCGACAUUUUUGUUAAUUCAAUUUUGCUCUUCCUUUUGCUUAUUCAUUUUUUUUCUUCAAAAAAAAUAAUCUUCCUUUGCGCAGCUUUUGUAGUCUAUUCUUGAAUAGUCAGUAGAAGUAUAAAUUAAAAAAAUCUUUAUUCAAUAUAGGUGUGAAUUUAGUUAAAGUAAACCCAAACAAAGGGAAAAAAAAAAACGGACAGGA